AGCCUACACUGUCCACCAAGAAUAAUUGCUUUUUGAUUGAGUUCAAUGUACAUGGGGGCUUUAACUGCCCGCUUGCCUGAAUGUCUGCCUGCUGCCAGUCUGUCAAUCUGCAAUUCCAGUUUGAAUUUGAAUGUUCAAAAGCGCUUGAAUCCUUGACAACGACGCAUUCCCACGCAGUGCUCGCAUCAAAUGUUUUAUCCGCAGGAACUACUGCCACGGCCACGCGCUCGUCCUCCUCUCUAUGGCAGUUACAUCCAUAGCCCUGGACUGCUGCAACCCAACAGCCGUGAUCAAAGCCGUUUCAAGCCGCAUCACUGUUGCAAGCGGGGCAAAUUUGUUCGUCUGAUGUUGCCCUACCUCAAGGAGUACUGUGCCACAUCCUCUGUGCAUGGCAUUCGCUAUCUGACAGACCCCAAGCUGCGUGUGUUCGAAAGAUUCCUUUGGCUGCUUAUUUUAAUUGGCACUUUUAUUUGUGCCACAAUCGUAUAUGUUGAUUUGACGGCACUGUACAACUCGGAGCGCGUACAAACAACCAUUGAGAACACAAUGCAACCCAUAUUUUUUGUACCCUUUCCAUCUGUUGGCCUUUGUCUUCGCAGUCGCCUUAAUGUGUUAGCAUUGGAAAACGAAGCUACGGAUUUGUUCUUGGGCGCAAAUGCAACUCAAGCGAAGAAGGAACUCUUUCAACAUUUUAUUUUAAGCGUGUCAGAUAUACAUUUUAAUGAUAUGAGAAGCCUAACGAAGUUCUUUGCUAACGAAACUCUAGCCGCAAAUCUAAGUCAACUGGAUGGCAUUGAUGUGACGAAGGUGUUGGAGUAUACCAAUUUGAGGUGCACCCAUAUAUUUGUGGAAUGCAGCUGGAGAAGCAAACCCUACAACUGUUGUGACAUCUUUGAGCUGCAACGCACCGAACUGGGUUAUUGUUGGGUCUUCAAUUCACAAAUCAGCCCAAAGACAAUAAGGAUGGCGAAAGAAAGCAAAUACUAUCCACGUCGGCUGUCACAAAAUGGACCUGGCACUGCCUUGGAAGUCUAUCUGCGUCGAAACAAAUCUUACGUUCGAACCAACGGACAUGGUGUACAUAUAAUGGUGAAGCAGCCGCAACAAUGGAGCGAUUCAGCCAGAUUGUUGCCAGUGGAUAGUAACAACAAAAUCAGCCUAAAUCCACGAUACACUAGCUCCGAUGUGAGGACACGCAGCCUGUCGCCUAGGGAUAGACGCUGCAUCUUUCCCGAUGAGAUCAAAGAUCCGCUCUACAAGAACUUGCCCGGCUUUGUCUAUUGGCGUGGCAACUGUCGCAGCAGAUGCCAUCAGGAACAUGUGGUUAGUCGGUGCAAUUGUUCGCCAACUGUGCUCUUUCCCCUCAGUAAGGAAGACAAUUUUACCGAUUGCAAGGCCUCGGAUUUCAAAUGUCUGUAUGACCAUAGAAUGACAUUCAGUGUGGAGCGGCUUGCUCGGGAAGCCGAUUACGUGGAUGAUGUCUAUGAGAAUGCCAUGACCUGUGACUGCCUCAACAGCUGUGAGCAGUUAAUUUACGAUACCAUCCACAGCAGCACGGCCAUGGGCAACAACGAACUCGACCAGGAUUCGUACAGCAUGCGCAUUGAUAUCUUCUUUCAGUCACCUUGGUUUAUCAAAUAUCAAACUCAUAUGCGCUUCACAUUUGUCGAAUUGCUGGCCAGCUUUGGAGGCAUCAUUGGACUCUUUCUAGGUGCCUCACUGCUCAGCGCCAUUGAGCUGGUCUAUUACUUCACCAUUGGCCUUUAUUUAUAUUUAUUCAACAACAAGAGAAACCCCAAGAAUCAGAAAGUCCAAGUACCACCCAUCACUUUGCAUUUCCGCCGCAAAAUAACACCAAUAAAAAUAUUUUAUUAA